CAGCGCAAAGCCUCCCGUCGCGGGUUUUUCCUCGAGGGGGUGUGGGCUUGCCCUCCCCCGGUUGACGACGGCCCGCGACGUCUGCCGGGACCUGUUCCCCGACUGGAGCGAGCAGCGCGCCGCGGCGUUCUCCGACAGGAAGGAGGCGAUGUUCCGCGAGCGCGCGGCUGGCGAGCUGGCGCCGACGCCUGGCCUAGACGGCCUGCUGGCGUGGUGCGACGCGCGGGGCCUGAGGACGGCGGCCGUGACGAACGCCCCACGGCUGAACGCCGAGUUCAUCCUCCGCUGCAUCAACCGCAGCACGUGGUUCGAGCACCUGAUCAUCGGGGACGAGUGCGCGCGGGGCAAGCCCGAGCCGGACCCGUACCUGGAGGCGAUGUCGCGGGCUGGGCUGUCGCCUGCCGAGUGCGUCGCGUUCGAGGACUCCCCCUCCGGCGCCCGCGCGGCCGUGGCCGCGGGGGUCUACACCGUCGGCAUCCUGAGCGGCCAGCGGGCCGAGCGGCUGCGGGAGGCGGGCUGCGGCAUGCUGGUCGAGUCCUUCGACGACGAGCGCCUCUGGCGCGCGCUGCGGGCGGCGGUCGAAGGCUGAGCCGCAGAGCGCCGGGCCGCCAGGGCUUCUGGGCGCCCUCGGGUUCUCUUGCCCUCCCUGGAAGAAGAAUAUCCCAC